CUCUAGCUUCACAGCCUCACAUAUUGCUACUAUUGGUCGAUGAUUUGGGAUGGAGCGAUGUUGGAUAUCACGGUUCGCAAAUAAAGACUCCUAAUGUAGACAGACUUGCUCGUGAAGGAGUUAUCCUUGAGAAUUACUAUGUCCAACAAUACUGUACACCAACUAGAGGAUCUCUCAUGACAGGCCGGUAUCCAAUACACACCGGCCUACAACAUCGAGCAAUUCUUAGUUUAACCCCUUUUGGACUUCCUCUAGAAUUCUCCAUUCUACCAGAGAAGUUAAAAGAAGUAGGUUACAAAACACAUCUUGUUGGAAAAUGGCAUUUAGGUCACUAUACAUCUGUGAGUACUCCAACACACAGAGGCUUUGAUUCCUUCUUUGGAUUCUACAACUAUGGACACGACCACUUCAACCACACCCAUGAUGGCUUUUUAGACCUCUUUGAGGGUGAAAAAGUUGCCAGAGGGUACAAAGGACAAUACACUUCCCACCUUUAUGUGCAGGAAGUCGAGAGAAUUGUUGAAGAGCAUAAUUCUUCCAAGCCGUUGUUCUUAUAUAUGGCAUUUGAGAAUGUCCACGACCCAAUUCAGGCACCUGAAAAAUACCUGAACAAAUACAGCUUCAUCAAAGAUAGGGAUAGGCGAACUUAUGCGGCCAUGAUGGAUGUGGUGGAUGAAGCCAUUGGAAAUAUAACACAGGCUUUUAGAGAGAAAGGGUUGUGGAAUGAUACUCUUGUGAUCUUUAGCUCGGACAACGGUGGAGACCCUUUCUACCGCGGCUUCAACUACCCCCUGCGUGGAUACAAGAAGACGUUGUGGGAGGGUGGCGUGAAAGCGUGCGGUUUUGUUCAUGGUCAGAUGCUAAAACGGAAGGGGGUGAUCUCACGUGAUCUCAUUCACGUAACUGAUUGGUAUCCGACUCUUGUUAACCUAGCAGGUGCCACAUUGGAUUCAAACCCUAUGCCAGUGGAUGGCUUUGAUGUAUGGGAAACCAUUUCUAGUGGAACACCUUCACCCAGGACAGAGCUUCUCCAUAAUAUUGACUUUCCUGAGAAAAGACCAGGGCUUUUAUUGACAUAUGACACAUGGUACAGCGGAGCAGCAAUUCGUGUUGGUGACAUGAAGUUAUUGAUGCAUGUACCCAAUGCCACUUGGUACCAGGUUCCAGAAGAAGGUGGAAUCGCUCCAGACAUGGAAGAAAUCUGGGAUCAAAAAACAAACAUCGUAGAACUGGCCCUAUAUAACAUAACCGCUGAUCCUACAGAACGUUACGACGUAAGCCAUAAGUAUCCUAACAUUGUGCGACACCUGAAAGAUCGAAUACAUGAACACUGGAAGACCGCUGUCCCACCGGGGAUCGUUCCGGACGAUAUAAUGGCUUUAGCUGUAGCCAUAAAAAAUAAAGCGUGGGUAUCAUGGAGAGACACUUGCAAUGCCAAAUAAGGGUAUAGAUAUUUCUUCAAAAUGCCCACCUCUAAUAGAAAUCGGUCAAUUUUUGUCGGCGCAAAGAUUUCCCAUCAAUCUCAAAAUAAAACGUUCUUAAAGGCUUUAAAAUGUUUUGGUCGAGAAAAAGAAAUGUUGGUCUUUUUCUUUCCAUCUAUACCACCAGACGUACAAACUCAAAUAUCGCUAAUUUUAAACUGCCAUUUCUCUAAAGGUUACCCAUUACUGACUAAUAUUGCCGAACAAUUAAAGGUUUUGGGUCUGGUCAAAACGUUCUGAUCUGGAAAGUUCGCCAUCCAAACUGUAUUUCGUUGAAAUGUUCAGUAAACGACUCGAAGGAUGGUGAACCUGCAAAAGCACUGGCUAAUUGGCUAAGCGUGAGGUCAAAAUGGAUGGAUAUUAGCCUAGUUCUUUUUUUUUUUUUUCAUGGACUUCGACGAACGCCAGAAAAGAACGGGACUAAUCAUCUUAACAGAACAAGCUCGGUUAGUAAAGGAUUUAUCACGUAGCAAAAGGAUCAUCCGCUUUGCUUAUUUCGAGAGACAGGAAACAAAGCCAACUGUUCUAUGCAGCAGAAUUACUCCACGAAAGUCCUUUAUGUUUUCUUUGUUUUGACUGUCUUCCGCAACUUCUUGCGACUUUAUCGCUGACGUGUCCAAAAAUUAGUUAAUUUUCUCUUGCGAGGUAUCAAAGAAAAAAACAUAUUUUAGGCCUUAUUCUCACUAUUACUUAAAGUAGUGUUCAUAACUGCGAGGAUCGUUUCCUUAUUCGUUUCUUCAACCGCAGUUUAUAGAUAUGAUUUUCAUAGAUUCACAGUCAUGUAUUCACCACUUCAAGGGUCUAUUUGGAAUUAACAUAAUGGCCAACUUCCCAGUUGGCUUAUUAGCGCCUCCUGUAGAGCGCUGCACCAGUAUCACAGAGGUCAUGGGUUAAAAUCUUGUAUAAGCCUGAGUUUUUUUUUUAGGCCUUGUUCUCACUACUCUUUAUGUAGUGUUCUUAACUGUGAGGAUUGCUUCCAUAUUCGUUUCUUCAACCGCAGUUCACAUAUAUGAUUUUCAUAUAUUUACAGUCAUUUACGGGUUUCACCUUGUUGUGUAAGACCGCUGGUGAAUGAAUGGAGGCUUGGGUACAAGGCUAACCGUUAUGUUUAUUCGCUGUGAAACAUUGCAUGACGUAAUAUAUAUUUAUUUAGUUGGUUGGUCAAUAAAAACGAGUCAGUAUA